AACUAACAUAGAGUUAAUUCAAAGUUCCAUGGCUAACUACACACACCCUCAUAUCUGUCAAUGUUUGAGUCGUUUGCUAGCUUUCCGGCGACAUUUUCCGGUCACAAUCGCCGGCCACCGCCGUAAGAGCGGCCAACAGUUGGUGGAGGAAGUGUUGUCAUUGGCACAAGGCCUGCUCCAGCUAGGACUCGCACCUGGUGAUGUGGUUGCUAUCUGUGCUUACAACAGUGAUUGGUAUCUGGAGUGGUUAUUAGCCAUUGCUUUUGUUGGAGGAAUAGCUGCUCCUCUGAACUAUCGCUGGAGUUUUGAAGAGGCAAGAUUAGCAAUGGAAGCAGUGAGGCCAGUGAUGUUUGUGACUGAUGAAAGCUGCUACACAUGGUACUCAAAACUCCAUCAAAAUGACAUUCCAUCUCUGAAGUGGCAUGUUUUGUUGGAUUCCCCUUCCUCAGAUUUUACAAUGUGGAAUGUGUUUACUCCAGAAAUGCUUAAGGGGCAUCCUGUAAAGCUUCUACCAUUUGAUUACACCUGGGCUUCUGAAGGAGCUGCAAUAAUAUGUUUUACUUCAGGAACUACUGGAAAGCCUAAGGGAGUUACCCUAAGCCAUGGAGCUCUUAUCAUACAAUCUCUAGCCAAGAUUGCCAUAGUUGGGUACAAUGAGGAUGAUGUCUAUCUACAUACUGCUCCAUUAUGCCAUAUUGGUGGCUUGUCGUCAGCCCUGACCAUGCUCAUGGUUGGAGGUUGCCAUGUCUUGAUGCCAAAGUUUGAUGCAGAAUCGGCUGUUGGCACCAUAGAGCAAUAUACCGUGACAUCUUUUAUCACAGUUCCUGCAAUAAUGGCCAGUCUGAUUUCUAUAAUUAGGCACAAAGAGACCUGGAAAGGGGGAGACACUGUCAAGAAAAUACUUAAUGGGGGUGGAAGCCUCUCACUUGAGCUCAUCAAAGACACUAGCAUACUCUUCACCAAAGCUAAACUUAUUUCAGCUUAUGGGAUGACAGAAUCAUGCUCCUCAUUGACAUUCCUGACACUCUAUGACCCAAUGCAUGAAACCACUAGCCAGCUCCUUCAAACAUUUGGUGUGGCAGGAUCGAAUCUCAUUCACCAGCCCCAAGGUGUUUGUGUUGGCAAGGCUGCACCUCACGUAGAACUGAAGAUAUGUGCAGAUGCUUGUGGUCACAUUGGGAGAAUUCUAACUAGAGGACCACAUAUAAUGCUCAGGUAUUGGGAUCAAACUCUCACAAAUCCAUUUAAUCCGUAUACCGAAGCCUGGCUUGACACAGGUGACAUUGGAUCAAUUGAUCGUUAUGGUAAUUUGUGGCUCCUUGGACGAACAAACGGUCGUAUCAAGAGUGGUGGAGAGAACAUUUACCCUGAAGAGGUUGAGGCAAUUCUACUACAACAUCCAGCGAUUGCAAGUGUUGUUAUUGUGGGAAUCUCGGAUGCUCGCUUGACAGAGAUGGUGGUAGCAUGUAUCCAACUAAGGGAACAUUGGCUUUGGUCAGAGCAGUCUGAUUCAAAUGAAGAGUUUCACCUAUCUAGAAAGAACCUCCAGCAAUAUUGUAUGCAAAAUCAAUUAAGCAGAUUUAAGAUACCAAAAUUAUUUAUUGUAUGGAGGAAGCCAUUUCCAGUCACUACCACAGGAAAAAUAAGAAGAGACCAAGUCCGAAAGGAAGUUAUGUCUCAGCUACAAUUUUUGCACAGUAAUCUUUGAAUAUAUCAAAGCUCCAAUGCCCCCCCUUAAACCACUGCAUGCUCCAACAUAUUUUAAUGCCACAAAAAAGAAGAAUGGCUUGAAUCUAUAAUGCCUCAGAGAUUCCAAAAUUAUGCCUUUGAUAUACGACCUUACCAUUGUCAGUUUUCCACACACAAAAAUGAACGGUUUUGACUACAUAUAAUGUGAGAAUGUUGAUCAUUUUGUUGAGUAGGCACAUUAAUUAAGUACAUUUUUUGUAUAGAAACACAUUCUUUUCCCUCCCCUACUUUUAUCCUUUCUUGAAACCGUUUUCUACUUUAUGAUACUAGACUUUAAGACAAAGUAAUCAAGGAACCUGCCAUGCAAUUAAGAACUUAUUAUAGUCUUUAAAUUUCUAGAAAUAAAAAUAUAAUUAAUUG